AUGCCAUUUAAAGCAUUGAAAGUUCUAAGGUUCGAGUUGAUGUUGAAGUGGGAGGAAUGGUUUUCCUUUGGUGCUGAAAAUGAAGGUGAAGCUUUUCCUCUCCUACAAGAGCUUUAUAUUCAUGAUUGUCCCAAGCUAACACAAAGGUUGCCCAGCCAUCUUCCUUCUUUAGCCAAACUUGAGAUCACGAAAUGUCCACUAUUGGUGUCUUCACUCCUGAUGUUUCCUGCUAUAUGUCAAUUGAAUCUAACACAUUGUAAUGAGGUUUUAUUAAAGGAAUUGCCAACUAGAAUACAGGUUCUCAAAGUUGGAGGAUUUGAUGCACUAGAUUCCCAAGCCAACAUAAUGAUGGGGCCCAGUAGUUCUCUUCAAGAGUUAGAAGUCAGUGGCUGUUCUUCGUUUGUGUCCCUUUCCAAGGGUGAUCUAGCAUCUACAUUAAAAUCCCUUAUCAUCAGGAAUUGUGGGAUUUUAGAGCUCCCAAUGUACCCGAUCUUUUCAUUCCUUAAAAAAUUGUACUUAUAUGAUAUUUAUGAUUCUCUCAAGUCUGUCCCAUUGGACUUAUUUCCAAACCUUUGUGAUAUCUAUAUCUUUGGGUGUAGGAAUUUGGAAUCUUUGACAGUUUCUGAAGAACAUAGACAUGAUUUAAUGACAUUGCAAAUACAAAUCAUAGAUUGCCCUUGUUUUGUAUCUUUUCCAAAAGGUGGAUUGCGUGCCCCCAACCUUGCAUUGCUUUGGGUUUGGAAUUGUGGAAAUUUGAGGUCACUACCGGAUAAGAUGCACGUUUUCCUUCCAUCUCUAGAGGAAUUGCAAAUAGUACAUUGUCUAGAGGUCGAGUCAUUUCCUGAGGGGGGCUUGCCUUCUAAUCUGAAAUCGAUUACCAUCUCCGAUUGUGACAACCUCGUUGCCGGACGAAUGAGAUGGGGUUUGCAAAAGCUCCCUUUUCUUAAAAGUUUGUUUAUUUGUGGUGAAAGGGGAGAUGCAAAGUCCUUUCCGGAGGUGGGAUUGUUGCCCACCAAUUUGACUGCUCUUCAAAUAAAGAAUUUUCCUAUUAUGAAAUCUCUAGAUAAGAAGGGGCUUCAACACCUUGCCUCUCUUGAAGAAUUGCGGAUCUAUGACUGUCCUAUGCUCAAGUACAUGCCUGAAGAGGGACUGCCUGCCUCCAUUUCUGUUUUACUGAUCAACAAUUGUCCUUUGCUAAAGAAACAACGUCACAAAAAAAAAGGAAAAGAAUGGCUCAAGAUUGCUCACGUCCACCUAAUAAAGAUGGAUGAUGAAUUGAUUGAAUGA